AUGGUUAUCUCGGACGAGGAGUAUAUAGCCGAAAGUCGUGAUCCAACACCAGAACCGACACCCGAAUUUAUCGAAGGAGGAGACUCACCUACCCAUGGAAUUCUAAAAAAUGGUAAAGCACCACGAGAAGAGAAAAAGAAGCAUCUCGACGGAGAGAUAUGGAGCGAAGAACGGGUACCAGACAUGCAGUUAGGCAAAUGCCGAUAUGUACGAUUACAUGACAAUGUAAAUUACGUCGCAGCGGGUAUUAUAUUACGAGGUGAUGGUCCUAAUACGGAAGUGCUUCUGAUUCAAGAAGCAAAAAAGACUUGCUAUGGAAAAUGGUAUAUGCCUGCGGGACGAGUAGAAGCUGGCGAAACACUGGAGAAUGCUGUAAAGCGAGAAGUACGAGAAGAAUCAGGCUAUGAAUGCGAAGUUGUUGAAUUAUUAUCGCUGGAGGUCCAAGGCAGCGGAUGGUAUCGAUUUUCGUUUUACUGCGAAAUCGCGAGCGGUGAACUGAAAACAAAACCCAACCAUGAAUCUCUUGGAGCUCAAUGGUGGUCUGUUGACGAAGUACUAGCUAAAAAAUUACCGUUGAGAGUAAAAGACUUUUUGCCGUUACUCGAACAAGGAUUAGCGUAUAGAGAUGCAGUGCAUACGGAUUUACCACGAAUACUUCCGAUGAACAUCAAUAUGCCUGGAUUAUUUAUGGAAUUUAUGAUAGUUCGACAUAGUUUGGACGAGUCCCGAACAGAAGUUCUCGUGCACAAAUCUAUAGAAAACGAAGAAAUGUUGGUUGAAAAUGAACAACCAUUUCCCACAGUUGAAUUCGGCUUUGAAUAUUUCUUCGCUAUGGUUGUCUCAAAAGUGUACAGGCAUCUACUGGAAGAGGGUGGUAAUGUGAUUUUUGCCCCUUCGCAUGUGGUUCGGAUCAAAUGUCAUCCAAAUCCAAUACAGUCUCUGGCACAUGGUAUCUCAGUGCGAUUAUAUUGCCUACACAAGAAAUGUGCAACAAAAGCAGUAAUCAGGAGUCCACGGUAUCAUUGGAUCCCAGUGGAUAACAAAGCAACCCGUGAACAUUUCUAUAUGGAGAAAAAUCAAUAUCGUCCAACAUUACGGAUGGUCUAGUCAAUUCGUAUAGAUUUUGAUGCAUUCAUAUUUCAGAGCUUUUCCUGUUAUUCAUUGCCUUCUGCUAAAUUUUCGAAAUCAAAAUUAUUCAUUGAAUGCAUUGAAUUCAUACGUUCUCUUUCUCUCUCUCAAAACACGAGUGCAUUUAUUUCUUGCUGCAUCAUUAUAAUGAUGAAAAAUAAACGUUUAUUUUAUGG